AUGGUUUAUUGGAAGCCUAACGCCCUUCAGGAGCUCUAUGUGAUGGCCGAGUACGCCUUCUCGACGACUCGGUGUAGGAGAGGGUAUCUUGCGGCUCAUAUGGGAGAUGCUGAAUGCCCAUCUUGUGAUGGUUAUUGUGAUAUCUGCAACACCGAGAGCUCCGCUCCGCCUAGAAAAAGCCUCAAGCACGGUCCGAGCGAAGACAAGAUCGUUAGAGAGGUUUUUUAUCAGCUCGAUGAGGCAGCUGCGAGAGGGGAAAAGUUGACGUUGUUGAAACUGAGCGAAAAAUGCCGGAAAAAUCUCCACUGCGAAAUUGAAGGAGUGGCAGUUGCUACCAUCAGCCUUCUCAAGUCGAGUCAUUUGAGGGAGACUUUCGAUGCUACUGCAUACUCUGUGAAUUCCUAUAUCGAAAAACGAAGAACGUCCUCACCGCGGUCCAUUUGGGAGUUCACUCAUCGAGAAAUCGAGAGUAGCGUGUCCCGAGUUUUCAAUAGUCGGGCGCCGCAAGUGGAACUAAAUGUGAACGAAGAAAAGCUGCGGAUUGUUGAGAGGAAGCUGAACCAUGGACGGCUUGAGAUCGCUGCGACUGUUGAUAAAGAUAUGCCUCCGCAGAAGAUU